ACGAAUUGGUUUGGUCAAAGAACUAUUUCAAGUUGUUUACAAAGGAUAUUUUUUCAUAAUUCAAAAAAUUUUCUAGAAAGCAAAUGGAUACAAGUAUUAUUGAUAAUGGUAGCGACAGUUACAAAUAUAGCUCUAAUGGCUGGCGGAUUAAACUCAUUCGGUAAUUUUCAACCUCACAUUGUUGACUUAUUUGAGGCGACAGUCGCCGAUGUUGCUUGGGCUGCAACUUUUGCAAAUUCGUCACUGAGUAUAUUCGGAAUAAUAAGUGGCAUCCUCAUUGACAGAUGCGACGUUUCUAAAGUAAUGUUUGCAGGCGGAAUUUUUUCGUUUUGUGGAAUGUUUGGCAUGGUAUUUGCAACUGAUGUACUACAAUUGACUAUAUUCAUUGGAGUAGUGCUGGGUUUUGGGCAAUGUUUGGUUUUUAACUCAGUUAUCUCAUCUAUCAGCUAUAUGUUUUGCUCUGAAAAGUUUGACUUAUAUCUGGGAAUUACAUUGUGCGGCAUCUCAUUUGGAACGACGGUGUUUUCAAUAUUAACUGAGAAUGGUGAAGAUGAUGAUGAUUUCUUUCAAUUCUUUCAUGACAUUGAUUCUGCUAACGAGAAUGAUGAUGACGACGACAACUACAGCACAAAGCGUUUAGUUUUUAUUUCUGUUCCACCAGAACACCAACAAUACAACUAG